AUGGCUACUUCCUCAUCUUGGCUGUCUCCCUUAGCGUUCCUGCCAACAUUCCAGAUGUUCAAGACUUCAAGUGUCAGCAGAGAAGAGGUUCUAAGGGAGCAGCUUCGAUUAGCUGAUAGCUACGAGGAAUGGAAGGCUGCUGCUUCUGAAUUGGACAUCUUACUCGGAAACGACAAAUGGGCUCUCGUCCCAGAGUCAAAAGAAUAUGAUCACAGGCUGAUUGCCAUCCGAUUACACGUACUACAGGAAGCUAGAGCUAAAAAUGAUGUCGAUGCCAUGAUUUAUUAUCUGAGAUCCGGUCUCUUGAGAAACCUUGGUGGAUUAUGUGACGCCAAACUGUUUGGUCGAUCUUAUCUGGGAACGAAAAAAAUCAUUGAGCUCUACUUGGAUGAAGUCGUUACUCAAAUCGAAUACAUUACCAAAAACGAGUUUCCUGGUGUUUUAUCGUACCAAGUCAAACUCGACUUUUUGCAUGACACUCGACAAGCAUUUGGAAGUACUGCGUUAUUAUUGGAAGGAGGUGCUUCGUUUGGCCUCUACCAUCUUGGAGUCGUCAAGGCAUUAAAUGAACAUGGGCUACUACCACGAAUCAUAAGUGGUUCAUCUGUUGGAGCAUUGAUUGCUGCCUUUGUAUGUGUCAAAUCAGACGCGGAGCUACCUGAUAUAUUUGAGCCUGGUGGAGUCGAUUUGAAGGCUUUUUCAAGAAAGGGUAGAAGUGGGAAUUUUCAGAGAAAGAUUAUUCGAAUGCUUAAACAUGGAUACUUAAUGGAUGUCAAAGUGUUGGAAGAGUGUGUGAGGGCGAAUGUGGGAGAUUUGACCUUCGAGGAAGCAUACAAAAAAUCGCAUCGCAUCCUCAACAUUUGCGUGUCCUCGACGAGAACAAAUGAGGUGCCUAGUUUGUUGAAUUACCUAACUGCUCCUAAUGUGCUGAUAUGGAGCGCGGCGUGCUGCUCAACGGCAGUUACUGGGCUGUACGAAACAGUGGAUUUGAUGGCGAAAGAUAAGGACGGUAGAAUAUACAAGUUUUCACCAUCCACUAUCAAGUGGAAUGUCGUGUCAUCAGUAGCUGGUGAUACCUUAUCAGACCUCUUCAAUGUGAAUCAUUUUAUACUUUCGCAAGCAAAUCCACAUUUGAAUGCCUCAAGCAAAAAGGGACCAAAAGCAGUUGAAGAAGGGCUUGGUAACAGACUCUUCUUGUUGAUGUUCUCUGAAAUAAGGUAUCGCCUGUCGCAACUCCUCAAAAUUGGAUUUCUGCCCAACUUCAUGAAUGCCUUGUUGGACUCUAGAUCUACAGGACACAUUACGAUAACACCUACGUUGUCAUUAUCUGAUUUUUGGACGUUGUUCAGUAAUCCGACAUACUCAUCCCUGCAAUAUUGGAUUAAGAAUGGUGAACAAUCUACAUGGCCGUAUCUGUCGUUUAUAAGGAAUCGAACAAAGAUUGAGUUUGCAUUCGAGCAAUCGUUGCUGAUUCUCAAAUCUCCUGAUCGAUUGACACGAGAUACUGCCAAGCUGGAAGGCAGGCCUCUCAAAGUUAGGACUAGGACAGUGAUGUAG